AUGUCCAAGAGCGCCAGAUUUCCGUCAGUGAGUAGAACUGUAAGUGUUGACAGGAGUAAGGAAAUUGCAAGGGAGACGGAUUAUUUGGACUUGGAUCAAUUGGACCUAAAUCGCACUUACACUCUCGAAGAGUUUGAAAUUAUAAGCGAUCAGCUCAAAAAUCGUUCUUUGGAAAUCAAAGUUGAUAGCGAGCUUGUUCCCAUCAGUCACUUCGAACUUGAUAAAUCUGGAAAGUUAGUUCCCAUGUCACCAACACCAAUUUUUAAGGAAGUUGCUGUUGUGGAGAUUUAUGCCCAAAUUCGUAAUUGGAAUGUUCAAACUGGUCAAAACGGUGCUGUGACUUGUUCGCAGGGAGGCUUUCUAAUCGAAAUGGGAGAGGUUCAAAUACCAGAUGUCGCCUUUACGCCAAAAGAAAUUUAUCGCAAUCUAACUGAUGAGCAAGGUACCUCCUUUCGAGGCCCACCAUUUAGCCCUACGUUUGUCGUGGAGCUAGGUUGGCUAAUUGAUCCUAUUAACGAUGAGAUCUGGGUCUACAAGCGAAGCCCCGCAAACGGCAAUGUCUUUCGUUGUCACCGUGAUUGGGGAGACUUGGAUGGAGGCGAUACUUUGCCAGGUUUUAAGCUGGACAUACGGAAUGUAAAAGAGGCAAUUUCGCAAGAACCGUCAGAGUCAGAUCCUUCGGAAUCAGAAGACGAAAAUACACAACAUUCCUGUCCGUAUUGUUCACAGACUUUCAGCAAUGGUUACCACUUGAUGAAGCAUAUGGAAAAUGAUCAUUUACGUAAGAAACGGAUUAGUAGAG